AUGUCUUUUCGAACUCUCUCCCCUGAGGUUUUGAUGGCUGGGGGUACGAGAAUCAUGCAAGCGGGGUUGGAAGGCGGUAAGAUUGUCAUAGUUUAUGGCAAACCUGCCCUUGAAAAGUCCGCAAACUUGACAGUUCAGGUAGCAAGCUGGAGUGCUCAAAACCCAAUUCUCGCUGCCUGCGCAGUUGUCGGCACCACCGGAACGAUUAUUCUGGCGGCUCCUGGCCUGGCAACAGGCCCAGUACUGUCGAGUUUAGGCUUUACGAUGAACGGUACACAAGCAGGUUCUGCAGCCGCAACCGCCCAUAGUUGGAUCGGAAACAUUGUAGCGGGGAGCGCGAUGGCGAUAGGACAGAGUGCUGGCGCAGGAGGAAACGGCUUGGUCAUCGUUAACGGAGUUGCACAGUUAGGAGGUGCUGCGAUGACUUUUGGAAGUGCUGGCCUAGCAUGGGUCAAGGCUCAAUUGUGA